ACAUAAAACCCACCCCAGCAUCGCACCUUGGCUGGCAGUCCACACACGAUCACUCAGACAUGGCGAGUAAGAAGGCCUCCAAUAAGAGACAAAGGGGAGGACAGAAGUCUUGCUCCAAUGUCUUCUCCAUGUUCGAGCAGAACCAGAUACAGGAGUUCAAGGAGGCUUUUGGCUGUAUUGACCAAGAUAGAGACGGUGUUAUCAAAAAACAAGACUUGAAGGAGACCUAUGGACAACUUGGGAAGCUUAAUGUCCAAGACGAGGAGUUGGAUGAGAUGCUGAAUGAGGGGAAGGGGCCCAUCAACUUCACCGUGUUCCUGACUCUUUUUGGGGAGAAACUCAACGGUACCGAUCCUGAAGACACCAUACUUGCUGCCUUCAAACUUUUUGAUCCCAAUGCGACCGGCUUUGUGAACAAGGACGAGUUUAAGCGUUUGCUGAUGAACCAGGCUGAUAAAUUUACAGCUGAAGAGGUGGAUCAGGCCUUCUCUCUCGCUCCCAUUGACCCGACCGGCAACAUCGACUACAAGUCGCUCUGCUACAUCAUCACACAUGGAGACGAGAAGGAAGAAUCCUAAUAAGUACAGUUGGCAGGUCACACAGGUCAUCUAAACCUGCUCUUCUUUUCUUUCUUUUUUUACAUUGGCUGGUUUACAUUCAGAAAUAUUAAUGUUUGGUGGAAUAAUAUUGGAAUACCUGAUUCAUUCAAACCCAACUGUUCUACAGUAAUAAAAAUAUAUCCUCAAAAUCGUA